AUGCGUGUUAUACGCAGUGUGCAGCACUGGUGUCGUCGCACGCUCAGUGUACAAGCAUGUCGAAGCGACAAUUUACAUUCCAUUAUCUGUCGUCAAAUUCGCUCUGCAGGUCCAAUGUCAGUAGCAGAAUACAUGAAACUUGCUAUGCACCACCCGGUGUACGGCUAUUAUAAGAAAUCCGAAGUCGUAGGACCCGGUGGCGACUUUAUCACUUCUCCAGAAAUAAGUCAGGUGUUUGGGGAGUUAUUAGGUGUUUGGAUAGUUAACGAAUGGAUGAAUUUGAACAAGAAUGCACCAUUUGAUAUCGUGGAAUUCGGUCCAGGAAGUGGUGCACUGAUUGCCACCAUCCUCAAGACUUUAUGCAAAUUUCCCACCGGGAGCUCCUUGUUUCGACGCCUUCAUCUUAUCGAACGAAGUGACUACCUACGGCAGAAGCAGGAAACGGUCAUAUACCCCCUUCUCAAAACCCUUCAUUUGAAACCCGAGGUCAAAUGGCACUCAUCUAUUGAUGAUGUGCCUCGUGGGUGCAGUACCUACUAUUUGGCCCAUGAAUUCCUCGACGCCUUGCCUGUCCAUCGUUUUCAGCUAGUGGAUGGCAAAUGGCGUGAAGUAUUUGUAAAUGCCGUUAAUCCUGUAAAUCCAAAUGAAUUAGGAGAUCAGCUCUCGUUUUUCGUGUCUCGUUCACUAACCAUGGCCUGCGAGACUUACCUUCCUCUCGCUGGCGAUCUCUCCGGUAAAAAUUGCGUUGAAGUUUGUCCCGAGGCUGGAGCCAUAGUCCAAAAACUCGCUGCUCGGAUUGCAGCUGAUGGAGGCGCUGCAUUGGUCAUUGAUUAUGGACAUUGCGGCGAAAAGGGUGACACUCUGCGUGCAUUUAAAAAUCACCAACUUCACGAUCCACUUAGGGACCCCGGUGAAGCCGACAUCACCGCAGACGUAGACUUUGCUUUCCUGCACCGUUCCAUCGAGGCCACAAAGGAGCAAGUUAUCGUUCACGGACCUGUGAGUCAGGCGUACUUCCUUGUGCACAUGGGCAUCCUAAUGCGCGUCAAGGCUCUUGUCGAAAAGGCGAAAUGCGAGGAGGACAAGAAGAGCCUGAUUGCGGCGACUGAAAUGCUCAUCGCCUCCCGUCACAUGGGCAAGCGCUUCAAAUUCAUGGCCAUCUGCCCGGGUCGCGGCGACCGCGAGAAGCAGCACAUUCCCGCGGGCUUCCACCCCACUUGGGAGGGUGCUGAAACCUAG